GGGCUAGAAACGGAUAAUCCACGGAUGCGUAUUGGUAAUAUGUACUUUAAGGGAGAAUAUGAUGAAUCGAUUGGAACUGAUCUUGUGUUUUGUCAAGAACCUGACAUAUCAAACCCAAGACAACAAUACCUAACAUACACUUGUCAAACGACAAAAAAACUCAUAUUUUCAAGAAUGUCACUACAUCCUGUCGAAUCACAAAAUAAUCGGGAUGAAAGUGAUCAACGAGAUGAAGAUUCUUUUUCU